UUUAGAUUAUUAAUUGAAUUAAUAUGGCUCAGCAAGAAUUUGACUUCUCAGUAGUCGAUAUUAAGGUAGAAGAUACCAAAACUGACAUUUCUACUAUUGGCUGAUUUAUUAGCCUGGAUGAUCAGGAAAUAGACUGCAUUGAGUUUGGAGACAUUGAUCAUAGGCUAGUAUUAGGCCUAGAAAGAGAUGGGACUGUGCUUAGAGUGACUGCUAAAACGCUGAAUGAUAACACCAAGAUUGGUAGCAUUUCUUUCACUAGCGAAACCUUCCAUGAAUGUGCACAGAAGGAAACUAAAGAGAUCUGGGCUACAUUGUUUGAUCACGAAGAUGAUGAUUUGUAUGAUGGAAAUUUCGAUGAAGAUGAUGAUGAAAACCCAAAAAUUUUAGUAUCUUUAACAAAAGGUGACUCUCCAACUAUCAGGAAGAAAGGAGCAACUAAAACUACAACUACAAGGGUAUCACCUAAGAAAAUUGAAGUAAGAGCUCCAAUAGAAGCAACAUAUGAUCUUUCAGAGACAGUAGUAUUCAGUGUGAGAACUUUAAUUACUGAGUUAUGAAGUCUUACAAAAGAAGGAAUUGAGACUCUUAGAGCUGAUAUGGAUGAUAUCCAUGCUGAAAAUGAUGAAAAGGUGGCUAUCCUGGCUCACCUUGAGACUCUUCACAAGGAACUUCAAGGAGAAAAUGCAGAGGAUCUUAGAUUCUUAGAAUCUUUGAAAACUCUUAAAACCGAGUUUGAAGUAGAUCUUGGAUCCAAAAAGAAGCAAAUAGAAGAUGAAUUGCAGACACUCUUAAAUAGAAUCACUGCGAUCAUUGAGGAUAUGCAGAAGCUAGAGACUGAAAAGAAAGAAGCCACCAAAGAAAGCCAGAGAUUGAGCGAAAUCGUAGCUAUACCUGAGAAUACAAAAGAGAGUGGAUUCACUGAAGAAGCCAAAGAUCUUCGAGAAGAAGACUCUAAACUUCGAGAUCAAUCUGAUGAACUCACUUCUGAGUUAAUCAAAACCAGAGAUCAAAGAAAUAGUUAUAUCAAAGACCAUGAAGACUUGAUCGAGAAACUAGAGGACAUGGUUCAGGCAUUCCAUGAUCAGUUAAGGGUUCUUGCAGGAGAUACUAAAAUAAUAUCUUAUGAGAAUGAUAAGCUUCAGAGAGAAGCUAAUCUCCUGGUUAGAAAAGGAGAUUAUUCUAAUAAGAACCUGGUUCUCUCCCAAUUUGAACUCAAAUCAUUUGCGCGGGAAUUCAAAAGGUUAACUGAUGAGUACAAUGAUUCUGACUCUGAAUUUUCUCGGUAUAUUGCUGAGUUGAAAAAGAACCUAAGAAAUCAAGAUUUUAUAAUCAGUGAUCUUAAGAAAAAAUUUGUAUCACAGAUGAACCACAUCUCUGACCUUGAAAAUAAGAGUGAAAGACAACUAAGCCAGAUUGCUCACUUCCAAAGUGAGCUCGAGACAAUCGAUCAGAUAAAAUAUGAAGAGAGGUAUACUAAACUCAGUGGUGAUCUCAGAAAAACAGAGGAGCAAAGGAAAAAGCAUCAGGAAGAUCUAGAAAAUGCUUAUGCAGGUUUAGCUACAAAACUAAAGCUAUUCUCAGGUGAUCUUGAUACUCAUAAGACACAAAGAGCUAAACAGGAGGGUAAAGUGGUUGAAAAUCUUCAAAACUUAGAAGGCAUAACCACUGAAACCAACAAACUACUUAAAGAGAUAGAGGUUUUGGAUACAAAAGAGUUUACAGAUUCUAACAGAAAUAGAGUCUGUGACAAACUCUCUGAGGAGAGAGAAUCAUUGGAUAAUAAGCUCCAGUUCUACACAGACGAGAAGAACAAAAUAUUUAAAGAACUUCAGGACUCUCUCUCAGAUCUAAAAGAAAGACAAUUCAACGUAAGCGAGCAAGAAGAACUUCUCAUUUCUUUGCAAGAAGAUAUUCAGAAAAUUAGAAUCCUUAUCCAAGAGAAAAGGACGAUUAUUAUCGAAAUAGAGAAAGAUAUCUACAUUGCAGAAGAGAGAAUUGAGGAAUUGCAGAGGCUUAUCGCUGACAGAGAUCAAGAAAUUAAAGACUUGUUAAAACAACUUGUUCAAAGAAACACCAGGAUUAAGCAGCUAACAGAUACUUUAGGAAGCGCACCUCCCCCUUCACCCAAGAAGGUCACUUAUAAAGCCAAGAAGGGAGAUGAAGUUGACCAGCUUCUGGCUAAAUAUAUCCAGGAUUGACCAGUGCCAGUUAAAAGACUUGGCUCUGGAUUCUAUUUAUUUGGAACAAGAAAAAUCUAUGCAAAAGUUAUGAAUGGAAAACUAGUAAUCAGAGUAGGAGGAGGAUACAUGGUCAUUCAAAAAUUUAUUGAGACUUACGCUGACCAAGAGCUUAUUAAGAUAAAAUCCAUUCUAGAAAAAGAAGGCCUCUCUUCAAUAGAUGAGAUAGAUUUGGAAGAUUAUUGUCUCAAUAAGAGCAAAACAGCAUACGGAAAUGUUCGAGGAGAGAAGUCUACUAGUGCAUCAUCUCCUGGAUCACAUGGAGGUAGCUUCAGAAAGAGUAUGACUAGCUCAAUUAAGAAAUUACCUAGAGGAUCGAAGACAAUAAAGAAAGUCACAACCACUAAAGUUAUAUAUCAGGGUUAAUUAGUUGUGAGUAAAAAUUGAGAUGAUAUUAUCUACCAAAAUUCAUAGAUUUCGUCCUUCAGAUCCCUUAUAAACUAUGAUGUGCUUUAAAAACUAUGUGGGAGUUAGGUGAAGGCUACUUUUACCCCAUU